AUGGGGCCUACUUUUAAACCGCUCACGCAGAAGGAGAGGCUUGAGAUCGUGUGGAAGAUGUCGCCUCCUGAACGUCUCGCCGAGCUCCAGUUGACACCUGAAAUUCUCGAACACUGGGUAGAAGUGUCUGUGUCUCUCAUGUGCUGUGGAAAGGGAUACAGCCCGUCGGGUACAGCUCGUAAGCAUUCAUUUCCCGACUUCAAUACUGCUUGUUCACAUUGCCCUGUCUCUGUUCAGCGGGCAUCGAUGUUUUCUAUGCCGCAGCCUCGCGGCCCGGAUGAUAAGGUUAGCGGGUUCAACUUUGAGCUCAAGCCAUGGACUGGUUUCAGCCGCAGCGACGCAACAUUUACUGACGUGCCUGGGGAGCACAACACGCUCAUGGAUAUUGAUCACGCAUCGCAGUUCCAGAAGCUCUUCCGCAGUCGUCUUGAAGCUCGUGGAGUGUGA